CACAAAUACCUGCGAGUUUAAUUAGAGACUGCGCCGAAUGAUUUACCUACACAAGGCGAUGGAUAUGCCUCCCUUCUAGACGCGGUGAUUCCCUUAAACGUAAUAUUUUAGGCAGCUACAUUUUCAAAUAGUUUAUUACAUGAUUCAGUAUUGUUUAGCGGUAGCUUACAUGUUUAUGGUGCCGGUGAUAAAUGCGAAACGUACGAAUUUCUGACAAUAUGUUACUCAGAAGUUUCCUUGUCUUCUGGUUGUUCGUCGUUUUGCUGGUGAAUGGACAAACGAUAUCGCAAGAAAUUACAAGGAAAUUGUGUCCUCCUAUGAACAUGAAGGGUGUGACGCCCCCUCAGAAUAGGAUAGAUACAUUGGAACGUAUUCAGAGAUUACGUGAAGCAAUGGCCAACACAAGUCAUACUAAAGCGCCUGUUGUAGACGCGUUUAUGAUCACACGAUACGACGAACACAUGAAUGAUUUUCCAGCAGAUUUCGACAAAAGACUGGAGUUUAUUUCCGGAUACAGCGGAAAUUAUGGAUUAGCAAUCGUGACUAAGAAUAAAUCAGCUUUUUGGACCGACGAGCUCCAUCAUUUCCAAGCAAACAAUGAAUUAUCUUGUAACUGGACGCUUUACAGGACCGAUAAUCUGGUGGCAGCAGCCGCUGAGUGGGUAGUUCAAGAGUUAGGGAUUAGUAUGAGAUUAGCCACCGAUCCUAAAUUAAUUCCAAAUAGCGAAUGGGAAAUAAUUCAACGCGCAAUUUCAUCAGUUCCGUCCAAAUCUUUAAUAUUUGUACCAACAGCUCUGAACCUAGUGGAUGUAAUUUGGCCCGAAAAUGAACGACCAGCUACGCCAGUUAUGCCAGUGUUUAUUUGGGAUAAGGCGUUCGCAGGUAAAGAGUGGAGAGAUAAAUUAACCUCGUUACGUAAUGUGAUGAAGAAUUAUGAAGUUGAAGCCAUGCUAAUUACCGCACUCAGCGAAAUUGCUUGGUUAUUGAACAUACGAGGUUUUGAUUUGCAAUACGGACCUUAUUUAAAAGCUUAUUGCGUGGUUACCAAAGAUCAAGUGCAUCUUUACACCGAUCAGCAAAAAUUACAAGCGCAAGUCAUAAAGGACCAUUUGGGAUUGGAUGCUUGCUCUUCUGCAAAUUGUGUUAGAGCUCAUGAUUACGAUAGUUUGUGGAAUGAUCUCAGAAAAUUAUCUCAAAACUGGAGAAAAGUCCUGUUACCUUCGAUGUCGCAUUUUAGUCCUGGAGUAAGCAGAGCGAUAUAUUUAGGGAUCAGUCCAGGAAAACAUAAAGUUAUGCCAUCUCCUCUAAUUAAUAUGAUCGCUGAAAAGAAUGAAGACGAAAAAAAAGGCAUGAGAAGUGCUCAUCAAAGAGAUGCGAUGAUAUUUUGUAAUUUAAUGGCUCGAAUUGAAGACGAAUUGCAAAGAUCAUCGGAAUCGAUUGAUGAAUUAAGAGUGGUUAAUAUCACAAAUGAACUUCGUCUUGCCGAUGCAUCCAGUAGAAGUAUUAGCUAUCCAACGUCCGUAGCGUCGGGACCAAAUACCGGAAUGCCUUUAUACGUACCGAAUAAUUUUACAAAUUUAAUUAUAGAAAGAAAUAAAUUACUUAUUAUCGAUGCCGGAGCGCAUUAUUGGGGUGGCACGACAGCUUUAGCCAGAACGUUUAUAAUGGAUCCGAAAGUAACUAACGAACAGUACAUAGAGCUUUAUACGAGACUGUUAAUGGGCCUUAUAAAUCUAGCCAGUUUUACCUUUCCUCCUCAUUUGUAUACUAGUCAAUUAGAUAUUAUUGCCAGGAUUCCAUUAUGGGAAAUCGGAGUCGACUUUCCGCACGGCUCCGGCCACGGUAUCGGAGCAUUUAUGAAUUUUUACGAAUCUCCUAUUGAUCUUAAUUAUAAAAGCGCGUCAAACGACACAUUAAAAGAUGGAUACUUCUUACUAGCUGAGGUUGGUUAUUACCAAGAAGACGACUUCGGAAUGAAGCUUAGCAUGGUCUUAGAAGUCGUUUAUCAAAAUCACAGUUCCGGAUAUUUGACAUUCGAGCCCGUUACAUUGGUCCCAUUCGAACCUAAAUUGAUUAACGUUACGAUGCUAAGCACUCAACAAAAAAUCUGGCUCAACGAAUACAACAACAAAAUCAAAACAAACGUCGUUGAAAUGUUGAAAAAACAGAAUUUCAAUAAUGGCUAUAACUGGGCUUCUGACAGAACCGAUCCGAUUCCUUUGGGCGAAGAAGACAAUAAAGAUGCAGGCGAAAUGAUUAAAUCUAAAUAUUUUGUAAUUGUUGUUUUCUUCAUUUUGCAACUUGUGUUGAAUUAUUGAGCUUUUGAUUUUGAUUUUUUUUCCUUUUUUUUUUUUUUUGUAAAUGACUACGAGGCUGUAUAAUGGUCGCCGAAUUAUUUGUUAAUACGUGAAGCAUUUUUAUUUUUAUGCCGCUUGUUUUUGUAUUUUAUGGCAUUUUUUUCUUAUUUCAAGUCUGAGAUGUGCUAUUUUACUUUAUACAUGUAUUUUACUUAUACAUUAUAAGGAGAUGAGCUUAUAAAUUACAAUCAAAACCUGUACCUAUGUAAUAAUGCCAAUGUUAUUAACUCAAUCAAAUCAAAAUGUAUGUGUUCAUGUAUUAAAUUUGCUCGUUUGAGAUGAUCAACGUAGAUGGUAAAAGAUGAAACAAUGUAAAGAUGUUGAUAAAAAGUCACUUAUGAUGUGAGAGUGUGGAAAUCAUUGAGCUUCUGAGCCCUUCAUAUUUAUAAUAUGAGCUCUCAUGUUUUUAGCCUUUACUUUUGUGAUCCUCAAUUUGAGAAUUUCUGUGUAUCUCAUCUUAAGGUAUUGAUUAUUUUUAUUAUUAAGUAGGUUCGUAUCUACCUGAAUGAAUUGCAUAUCGCUUCAUUGUAAAUAGUUUUUAUUUGUUACCGAUUACCUAUAUCUUUGGUUUAAUAACAAUAUGAUUAGUUUAUCACUAUAGUAAGAUCUUCUGUUAUCGCAGUAACUGCAUAAAAAACGUUUUGGUUGAAUCUAGAAAAAAAAAUCUUGACUAUUGAA